AAUUUAUGCAUCCCUGAUGCGUAUCAAUAAUUUGAAGAUAGACAAAGUUGACAUUCUUUUUUAUUGUUUAAAAAAGAAGAAAAAAUUGUGCUCUUGGUAUCUGCGAGAAUUAUUUGAUUUGGUAAAUCAUGUUUCUGAUGGUGUUUUAACAAGUGAAGUGUUACAGUAAAGAAUUCUGCACAACAAAGAUAGAAUUUCUCGCACGCACACACCUAUCAUUGGGAAGAGCGACGGCACAACUGAGAGGAAGACAAUAAACAAACAAGACAGAUCGAAAGUGGAUAUUUGGUGGGGAAGAUUAUCAUCUGUUGGAUCGCACAAGUUGCUCGAAACUUAAUAACAUAAACAGAAAUGACGGAAUACAAGCUUGUGGUAGUGGGUGCCGGAGGCGUUGGUAAAUCAGCUUUAACCAUUCAGCUGAUACAAAACCAUUUUGUCGAUGAGUACGAUCCAACAAUUGAAGAUUCUUACCGCAAGCAGGUAGUGAUAGAUGGUGAGACAUGUCUUCUGGAUAUCUUGGACACUGCCGGCCAAGAAGAAUAUUCUGCAAUGCGGGAUCAAUAUAUGCGCACAGGUGAAGGUUUUCUGCUGGUAUUCGCUGUAAAUAGCGCGAAAUCAUUCGAGGACAUUGGCACAUAUCGAGAACAAAUUAAACGAGUGAAAGAUGCUGAGGAAGUGCCAAUGGUUCUGGUCGGCAACAAAUGCGAUUUACAGGCGUGGGCCGUCAACAUGAACCAAGCAAGAGAGGUCGCCAAACAAUACGGUAUUCCAUUCGUAGAAACCUCGGCCAAAACACGUAUGGGCGUGGACGAUGCAUUUUAUACUCUGGUUCGCGAGAUACGCAAAGACAAAGAACAUAGGGGUAAGAAGGGCCGCAAGACGAACAAACAUAUAAAUCGCAAGUUCAAAUGCGAACUUCUUUAAGUUCUGUAGAUGGUACAUUCGUUUUUUUCAUUUUUGUCAAAUGAGAGACUACAUAGAAUAGGAAUAUGCAAAAAAGGAAAACAAAUUUAAUGGUUCUAGGCCACGGUCAAAAAAUUAAGAAUUGUAAGUGCUAAUUUUGUUUUCUUUUAGCUUUUUUAUUUGUAUAUUUCAUCAUUAACAACGGAAAAUUAAAAUGCCCCAUUUUUUUAAUGCCUUACUACAUAUUGAAGUAGCGAAAGUUCUGAAAAGUAUUCUGUGUUCUCAACGCACAAACAAGUGUAAUUUCAUAUAGCAGACAAACAAAAAUAUUUUGAAGUUUUUAAAUUGAGUUCGGUGCUACAAUCACAUAUUUUUUAACAUACAAGUUAUAUACAUACGUAUAUUUUUGAUAUUAUCAUAAAAUAAAAUACUUUAUUAAGAUUCUUUUAUGAAAACCCAAAACUUGAUGCAUUUUAUUUUAUUAUUUAUCAACGUGUUUAAGUCUUGAAAGCACACACGGCAUAGUCUCUAUGUCCAUCGACCUUAAUUUGAAAGCUAAAAUGUUUAAUCUAUAGUUUUAUUAAAAAAUGUAAAUUUAGGUUAAAUUUGAGUUAUGUGUGUACUGAAUUUUACGUUUAAUAAAUAUGAAAAUCAAUUAUGAAACGGAAAAUAAAAUGUGAUUUGCAUAAAGCAAUCGCAAUUGAGAUAUUUAUUAAAUA